AUGACGCUUUACUACAGCCUCGUACCCCCUGACCCGCGCACUCCCGGAUCAUCAGAUAAUAUGUCGCAUCAGCAUAUGGCGGUCUUCAUGGGCCUCAUCAUCCCUCUUCCAUUCACCGUGAAGAGGAAGCUCUUCGCUUUCAUUUCGGAAAGUCCGAUAGUAGCUAAAUUACAAUAUGGAUUAAAGAUCACAUUCAUCUUUAUCCUCAUCCUCUUCAUCGAUAGUGUCAACCGCGUAUACCGUGUGCAGCUGGAGCUGGCUUCCUUCGGCAAAGAGGGAGGCACCAUGGGAGCCGCCGCUCUCGGUACCGAUCGCAUGGAAGUCCAAGCCCGGAAGUUCUACUCGCAGCGCAACAUGUACCUCUGUGGAUUCACCCUCUUCCUGUCUCUUAUCCUCAAUCGCACUUACACCAUGAUCCUUGACGUCCUCCGUCUUGAGGACAGAGUCAGACUCCUUGAGGGUGACAAGAAGGCUGGCGGUAAGGACUCCGCUCGUCUUGCGCAGGCCGGUGAAAUCGGUGAAAUCGGCCGUCUGAAGGAGGAGCUUGCAGCCAAGGACCGUGACAUUGAGACCCUGAAGAAGCAGUGUGAGGGUCUCACCCGCGAAUAUCACAAGCUUGGUGAUCAGGUGUCUGGUGAGAAGGAUGAGGCUCCCAAGAAGGACCAGUAG